GAACGACCAGAAACCCCACCAAACCCAUCAGCCAUCAUCCCCUUCGGCCGCGACCUAGACUUCGUCCAGCGAGGAAAAUUCCUUGAUCAGAUCCACCAAGCAUGUACCGAACCAGAUUCGCGGAUAGCGCUCGUCGGCUUGGGUGGUGUCGGCAAGUCACAAAUCGCUAUCGAAUACGCGUAUCAAGUCCGAGAGCGAUCGCCCGAGACGUGGGUCUUCUGGGUCCACGCAAGCAACGCAGCCCGUUAUGAGCAGAGUUUCCGCGAAAUUGCAGACUACCUAAAAAUACCCGGGAGGCAGAAGCCCAAGAGUAAUAUCUUCCAACUUCUGGGCAGCUGGUUACGUAACGAGGCGAAGGGCAAGUGGAUUCUCGUUCUUGAUAAUGUCGAUGAGCCCAGCUUCCUUCUCGAGGAUCCAACCGCGGCCCAGAAUGGCCAAGCGAGUGGCCUGGAUAGUCGGAAUGCACAACCACUUCUGUCGUAUCUUCCACACUGCCCAAACGGAUCCAUUCUUAUCACAACCCGAAGCCGAGAUGCCGCGCUUAAGCUCGUCGAAUCGCGGGACAUAAUCGCAGUUGAGCCUAUGGACCAGGCAGAUGCCUCGGCACUUGCCCGAAAAAAGCUUGAGAAGGACGAGGAUAAGGAGGGUGCAACAGCGCUCGCUGUAGCGCUCGAAUGUAUGCCGCUUGCUAUUGUUCAAGCAACGGCUUACAUCUCCCAGAGGGCGCCACGUUGUACCGUGCAAGAUUACCUCGAAAAGUUUCAGAACAGCGAUCAUAAAAAAGCUAGUCUUCUCAAAUAUGAAGGCGGACAGAUCCGGCGAGAUUACGAGGCAAAGAAUUCGAUCAUCAUUACGUGGCAGAUAUCUUUUGACCAUAUCCGUCAAUUCAGACCGUCAGCAGCUGACCUGCUAUCACUGAUGAGCUUUUUUGAUCGUCAGGGCAUUCCAGAAUCUCUACUUCGAAGUCGUAGCGAGGAGAGGCGUGUUGUGCACGAUCACGACAGUCCCAGUACGGAUGACACAGAUAUCGAAGAUAUCGAAUCAAAUUCCAGUGACGGAGAUGGAUUUGAAAACGAUGUGGUUACAUUGCGAGACUACUCGUUCAUUUCUAUCAAUAAGGACAAAACCAGCUUUGAAAUGCACAGCUUGGUACAAAUAGCUACGCGAAUAUGCCGGUGGGAGGCGGCCGAGAAAUUAUUUAUAAAAGUAAUAAAAAGGAACAAACAAAAGCUGGGCGCGGACCAUCCAGAUACACUGACCAGCAUGGCCAACCUAGCAUCGACAUAUCAGAAACAAGGCCGUUGGAAGGAGGCUGAAAAGCUGGAGGUGGAAGUGAUGGAGACUCGCAAACAGAAGCUGGGCGCGGAUCAUCCCUCUACGCUGACCAGCAUGAAUAACCUUGCAUUGACGUUACAUGGUCUCGGUCAGCACGCAAAAGCAAUAUCACUCAUGAAGCGUUGCCUACAGAUAGGAACACAAAACUUUGGGGAUCAACACCCAAAUAUGUCGUCUUCUACCAGGAUAUUAGCCCGAUGGGAGGCUGAGGCUAGUUUGAAUGAUAUUGGUCUUGGUAUGGACGAGUAA